AUGAGCUUGAAGGAGACGGCACCCGUUAUAUGCAAAAACAUUCUUGUUCUUAUGGCGUUCACUUUCAGAAAUUCUCCUCUGCUUCUCUUUCUGUUAUUUGUAUUUGUGGGUCUUAAAGGUGUCGAGCUAAAAAAUGACACUGCUCCCAGGCAAAGCAAUAAUGCCGCUUUCGUAACUAAUAACUCUACUCAGGGAAAGCACAACACUAGUUCCGAGAACAAAGUUGUCAAAGGUAGUAGUUGGUAUUAUAGAGGAAGAGGGGGAGGCAGCGGUGGUGGAGGUGGUGGUGGAGGAGGAGGAGGAGGAGGAAGAGGAGGAGGAGGAGGAGGAGGUGGAGGUGGAGGUGGAGGUGGUUGGGGUGAAGGCGGAGGAGGAGGUGGUGGUGGAUGGUGGAAAUGGGGUUGUGGAGGGGGACGAACAAGGCAUGGUAGCAAUAAGCUGAAGAGGAAGGACAUAUCUGAAAAUAAGAAAGAUUAUAGGAUUGGAGAGUAUGCAGAAUGCAUGGCAAGAACACGAUGCCAGGGGAUGAGAUUGGAGUGCCCUCUUCAUUGCGGAGGACCUUGUCUUUAUGACUGUCACCAUAUGUGCAAACCUCACUGUUACCGACCCUAAAAUCAUCGUCGUCCCUCCUACUUUCUUUUAGUUAUUCAUUUUCCUUCCUUUUCUGUUAAUUUCAUGCAUGCAACUUUUAUAUGAUCGAAUCAAUAUAAUAAUCAUUCUUCUAUAUUGAGUUUGUUUAGGUAACUAGUAGAAAGCCUUGUGUUAU